GUUGUCCUAGAACUGGACCUUUGAAAGCGCUACUGUUUAUUUUCGCUUUCGUUAGCCAAUCGGUAGCAUCGAGGGUUUUUUUUUUUUGGCUUUAUUGUUUGUCCCUUUCGGCCACCGUACUGUGUGAAUUCCAUCCGCUCAGUUUUCUACGUGGAGAGGACGCAACCUGGGCCAAAGAAUCGGGUGAACCUGUGACCACGCGGCCCUUGGUGUUCUCGGGGGAGUGGCGCUAGUACCAUCGGAACGGGGGAGCCUGGAACUACCACUAUCGCCCCUCCCGCCCCCGCCCCAGUCUGGCCCGGUGGGCGAGCACCCUCUGCUUCCGAUAUGAACUACCGGGAACAGCUCAUGAGCCGAGCUGUCCCCGGGCAGUUUGAUGAUGCCGACUCUUCAGACAGUGAAAAUAAAGAUGAAAAAACAGUUCAGCAAAAUGAGCAAGCUGUAUCUGAAAAUUCUCAUCAGACUUUGAAUGAGUUUGAUGAAGAAAUUCAGGAAGAUGAUUUUGAAGAAUAUGAAGAUUAUAAUGAUGAUGGUGAUGACUGGGACUGGGAUGAUGAAGUUGGGAAACUUACCAAGGGCUCUUCUUCAAGUGGAGGAAGUAACCCACAGGUGAACCGACAGACCAACCACUUCAACUCAUCAAAAAUGUCUACUCCAGCAGACAAAGCCUUAAGAAAAUUUGAGAAUAAAAUUAACCUAGAUAAACUAAAUCUUGCUGAUUCUGUUAUAAAUAAAGUCACUGAAAAGACUAGACAAAAGGAUGCGGACAUGUAUCGGGUUAAAGAUAAGGCAGACAGAGCAACUGUCGAACAGGUGCUGGAUUCAAGAACUCGAAUAACUUUGUUCAAGAUGUUAAGUAGAGGAGUCAUAUCACAGAUAAAUGGUUGCAUUAGUACAGGAAAAGAAGCUAACGUAUACCAUGCCAGCACAACAGAUGGAGAGAACAGAGCAAUCAAGAUUUAUAAAACUUCAAUUUUGGUGUUUAAGGAUAGGGAUAAAUAUGUAAGCGGGGAAUUCAGAUUUCGUCAUGGCUAUUGUAAAGGAAAUCCCAGAAAAAUGGUGCAAACUUGGGCAGAAAAGGAAAUGAGGAAUUUGAUAAGGCUAAACAUAGCAAAGAUACCUUGCCCAGAACCUAUCAUGCUAAAACAUCAUGUUCUUGUCAUGAGCUUCAUUGGUAAAGACGACAUGCCUGCUCCGCUUUUGAAAAAUGCCCAGUUAUCAGAAUCAAAGGCCCGAGAGUUAUAUCUUCAAGUUAUUCAGUACAUGAGAAGAAUGUAUCAAGAUGCCAGGCUUGUCCAUGCUGAUCUCAGUGAAUUUAACAUGCUGUACUGUAAUGGAGAUGUAUACAUCAUUGAUGUGUCUCAGUCUGUGGAGCAUGAUCACCCACAUGCCUUGGAAUUCCUGAGGAAAGACUGUGCCAAUGUAAAUGAUUUUUUUCUUAAACAUAGUGUUGCUGUGAUGACUGUGAGGGAGCUCUUUGAAUUUAUCACAGAUCCUUCUAUCACAAAAGACAACAUGGAUGAUUACCUCUUAAAGGCCAUGGAAAUAGCAGCUCAGAGGACAGAAGAACAAAGGUCCAAUCAAGAUCACGUGGAUGAAGAAGUAUUUAAGCGUGCUUAUAUUCCUAGAACCUUGAAUGAAGUUAAAAAUUAUGAGAGAGAUGUGGAUAUAAUGAUGAAGAUGAAGGAGGAAGACAUGGCUUUGAAUGUACAGCAAGAUAAUAUUCUUUAUCAGACUGUGACAGGAUUGAAAAAAGACUUGUCAGGGGUUCAGAAGGUCCCAGCACUCCUGGAAAAGCAAAGUGAGGAAGUGGAUUCUGAUUCAGAGAAUUCUAGUGAUUCUGAGGAGCCUGACUCUGAAGAGCAUGGAGAUCAGCCCCAUGCCAGGACACAUUCUAUUGACUCUGAAAUGAACAAAAAGGAAAGAAAGAAGAUAGUCAAGGAGGCCCAAAGAGAAAAGAGAAAAAACAAAAUUCCCAAGCAUGUGAAGAAACGUAAAGAGAAGGUUGCCAAGAUGAAGAAAGGCAGAUAGUAGCUGUACUUUGUUACCCACAGCUAUGGACCUUCAUCAGCUCUGCUUCUUGCCAAAUUCUGAUUUGACUAUGCAGGAUGGAGCUGGAAGAUAAACUGUUAAUUAUAUAACAUAUUGAACCAAGUCAGAAGGUUGGCAGUUUCUUUGAAGACUCAUUAUUCUGGGGAUUUUGUAUAAUUAUGUCAAAAGUAUUUAGCUCUAUUGUCCAGCCCUGGUCUCUCUUGUCAACUUUGGAGUUGAUAAAAAUAUUAUUCAAGCUGAUAUUUUAAU